GUUUCAGGUCACAUGACUAAGGUCAAAGGUCAUUUAGGGUCAAUGAACUUAGACCAUGUUGGGAAAAUUAUUUUCAAAAUCUUAACCGAAGGUUAAGUUUUUGAAAUGACAUCAUAACUUAGAAAAUAUAUGGACCUAGUUCAUGAAACUUGGGCAUAAGGUUAAUCAAGUAUUAGUAAACAUCCUGCUCGAGUUUCAGGUCACAUGACCAAGGUCAAAGGUCAUUUAGGGUCAAUGAACUUUGGUCAAGUUGGGGGUAUUUGUUGAAUUACUAUCAUAACUUUGAAAAUAUAUGGAUCUAGUCCAUGAAACUUGGACAUAAGGUUAAUCAAGUAUUAGUGAACAUCCUUCCUGAGUUUCAGGUCACAUGGCCAAGGUCAAAGGUCAUUUAGGGUCAAUGAAUUGGGGGUAUUUAUUUAAUUACCUUCAUAACUUUGAAAAUUUAUGGAUCUAGUUCAUGAAACUUGGACAUAAGGUUAAUCAAGUAUUAGUGAACAUCCUUCCUGAGUUUCAGGUCACAUGGCCAAGGUCAAAGGUCAUUUAGGGUCAAUGAAUUGGGGGUAUUUAUUUAAUUACCUUCAUAACUUUGAAAAUUUAUGGAUCUAGGUCAUGAAACUUGGACAUUAGGUUAAUCAAGUACCACUGAAUAUCCUGUGCGAGUUUCAGGUCACAUGACCAUGGUCAAUGGUCAUUUAAGGUCAAUGAACUUUGGCCGUGUUGGGGUUCUUUGUUAAAUUACCAUCCUAACUCUGAAGGUUUAUGGAUCUAGUUCAUAAAACUUGGGAUAUAAGAGUAAUCAAGUAUCACUAAACAUCCCCUGUGAAUUUCAGGUCACAAAACCAAGGUCAGUUAAGGUCAAUAAACUUAGGCCAUGUUGGGGUAAUUGUUGAAUUGCCAUCAUAACUUUGAAAGUUUAUGGAUAGAGUGAAUGAAAUGUGGACAUGGGUGUAUUUGACAAGUCUUAAGUCACCGUUCAAAUGUCAUCUAUGGUCAAUGAACGUGGUAUUAUGUCAAUAUAUGAAUGGUGUUUUUGUGAAUGAUUAUUUUAUAGUAGUUUUCAAAGUUAGCACUGCUGCUAUAUUAAAUUGCGUAAUGCAGGCGAGACUGCCAGAGGCAUUCCACUUGUUAAAGAUGCCAGAGCCAUUUUUAUAAUAUACAAAAGAAGAGAAAAUAACAUUUGUAUCACUAUCUUUAUGAAGGUUGGAUUGGAUCUCUAGCUUGGGCCAUCUCUACCCUGACGAGUCCCUUGACAGCCAUCCUCUUGAGAUGCUGUCAGACCCGCAUCAUCGCCCUCCUUGGCAUCAUCUUCUGUUCCUCUAGUCUCCUCAUCUCAUCCUAUGUCACCAACGUCUACUCACUGUUUGCUACCUUCAGUAUCAUGUAUGGCAUGGGAAUCAACUUUGCCCAGCACUCUACGCUCUGCCUCAUCUACACCUACUUCCCGAAACAGAACUCUACAAGAACCAUCUCCUUUGCUCUGACAGGAUGCCAAGUUGGACUUCUUGCUCUGAAUCCGUUGAUGGCCUUCUUUGUUGCGUCCAAAGGAUGGCGUCUUGCUCUUCGUAUAUUCAGUGGGAUCGUGUUUGUCCCCGGUGUGAUCAGUUGCAUCAUCCUGCUUCCACCCAGGAAGAAGAGCAAUGCUUUGGGGAAUCCUGAGACAGGUCAACGUCUUGCAGUCUAUCGUGUUUGCAAGGAGGAUCAAGGUUGCGAGGAUCAUGGCAAUGAAAACAGCAGUAAUGGCAACCAGGUUCAGGCAUCAUCAGGGAAUGACGAUACUCCAACAACACCAGGGGAAGAUGCCAGUAAUCAGAUUCAGAUCGUAACUCCCAAGGAUCGAGGAGACUCGAUCCCGAAGAACCACUGUUCAAAACCUGCCGACUGUAAAUUUUGCGUGAAGAGCAAAGAAGAGGAUGAAGAUAGAGAGUGGAAAGGGGAGGAGGGUCCUGAGAUUGAAAGGACUGCUGUUGAAAUGAAGAUGUCUAGAAAUCCUGUGACAUAUUUCUUUUCCAUUGCUCUGGCUACACUUUCCCUUGCAUGGACCUUCUUCAAUGUUAAUCUGGUGAGUUACACAGACAGUGUCGGGAUCACAGCAAACCAUGGCUCCAUCCUACUCACUAUCUUGGCUGGUGGUGAAAUGGUAGGCAAGGCACUCCUCUGCAUCUUUGGUGAUCAUGUCCCCAUUGCUAAGGUCUACAUAAUUAUCGUCUGUAAUAUCCUCUCGGCGGUCAUAUCUUGCGGUAUGAUUUUCUGCAGGGACUUCUACAGUAUGAUCUCAAUAGCUAUUGGUAUUGGGCUAAUGCGAGCCAUCUUCAAUACUGUACCGUUUGGAGCUGGUAUAGAGAUCUUUGGGACUUCCCGAACGUCGGAGGCGUCUACUCUGGCAAUGUUCAGCUAUGGAUCAGGCUAUCUUGUGGGAUCAGUCAUUCCAGGUGGCAUCUAUGAUCUGACUGGUUCCUACACGCUCUCCCUCGCCUGUACUGCAAGUGUCUUUGCCCUAUCAGCCAUCAUGUUCAUGGUCAUUCCUCUACGCAAACGUCUUCAUCGCUCCCUCAUAAACAUUUGCCGCAUGGUGGCAUCUAUGAUCUGACUGGUUCCUACACGCUCUCCCUGGUCUGUACUGCAAGUGUCUUUGUCCUAUCAGCCAUCAUGUUCAUGGUCAUCCCGCUCCGGAAACAGCUUCACGACUACCUCAUUAAGACGUGCCUAGUCUUUAAGGGGUCAAGGAGGAAAGUGGACAAAGAUAUCUACCAGAAGUGCAGUCAGGAUGGUCACUCUGCCACCAACAUUAAGAUAGAUUAUCUAUAGGUCAUCAAUACUUACCUCACCACCAAGAUGUUUUAAGACAUGCAAGUAGAUGAACAUGUAGGUGAGUCAGGGUGCAGAAUAAGAGCCAAAAAGAUGAUAUUUAGUCCUGCCAGACGUUUGUUCAGAUAUGAUGACAGCAAAGCUCAAAGCUAAGUGUUGAGAUAUGAUUGGACAAGUCUCGCCACUUGAGCUUAUAAACCUGCAUUACGCUUCAGUUCUCAAAAAAGGUCCAUGCAGUUCAUAUGGAGAAUACAUGAACUCAUGAUUCCAUUAUAAUAUAAUGUCAUGAUGCCGUAAUGAUUUCAUUAUUACUGAUAAUUUUAUGUUAAGGUCACAAUAGAAAAUCAAAUUCAGCUUCUAAGGAGUAAAGAGCAAAGCAUAUACUUUUUAGAGAGCGAAUUUUAUUAUUUUGUAAGAACAAUAAUAUUGCUGUAUUUUCAUAUUUGAACCUUCUGAAAAAAAAAAUCAAUUUUGAACAUCCCUAUAUUAUGGUUCUUAGCAUGCAUGCUAUAAAAACGAGUGAAUUUAAACCUUUAAAAUAUAAACGGGACAACAGGUGUAUAAAUACAUUGCACACAUCAUAUAAUGCUGACUUACUGUAAGGACACAGGGAUAUUGCAUUUAGGCUGACUUACUUUUAUCAAAACAUAAAUUCAACCCUGUAAAAACUAACCCUAUAAAAAGUUAUGAAAACUGGUGAAUUUAACCCUUUAAACAUAAACAGGACAAUGGGUGUAUAAAUACAUUGCACACAUAUAAUGCUGACUUACUGUAAGGACACAGGGAUAUUGCAUUUAGGCUGACUUACUUUUAUCAAAACAUAAAUUCAACCCUGUAAAAACUAACCCUAUAAAAAGUUAUGAAAACUGGUGAAUUUAACCCUUUAAACAUAAACAGGACAAUGGGUGUAUAAAUACAUUGCACGCAUAUAAUGCUGACUUACUGUAAGGACACAGGGAUAUUGCAUUCAGGCUGACUUAAUUUUAUCAAAACAUGAAUUCAACCCUGUAAAAACUAACCCUAUAAAAAGUUAUGAAACGUGGGGGAAUUUAACCCUUUAAAAAUAAACAGAACAAUGGGUGUAUAAAUACAUUGCACACAUAUAAUGCUGACUUACUGUAAGGACACAGGGAUAUUGCAUUCAGGCUGACUUAUUAUUAGUAUUAAACAGACUGGGCUUCUGUAUUGCAGGAGAAUGGAAUAAUCCAAAUACUGAAUAUAUUGUGUUUUCUUUUUUGUUGAAAGCUGUGAGUUUGCAAUAGAUCUUUUCUAAAAUUUUUUUUUUGAUUUCCAUGUAAUUGGGUAUUAAAUAUCUCGCCUGGCAGAAAGCUUCCAUUUGUAAGCUGUGAGUUUGCAAUAGAUAAUUUUAUUUAUUAAUGCAUUUCCAUGUAAUUGGGUAUUACUGUACAUAUUUUACCUGGCAGAAAGUGCCUGAAUAUGAAAAUCAAUUAAAUUAUUACUGGCAAAGGAAAUGUAUGAACAGUAGUGCUCUAUAGUUUAAGUGAACCCCACCAGAAAAUGGACAUAUUGAAAAGAGUUCAAGUUCUGCCAUGUCUUAGAUGUAUUUAAUUGUGAAGUCAGGUGAUACUAAUAUUACAUUCAAUAAAGUUUGUUUCUCUGGGCUCGCCAAACAUUGUAGUGAUGUUGUCUACAUUCAACAUCCAGCAUGAAGGAGUGUUUUUUUCAAAGGGGUUCACUAAAUUUUUAGCGCUGUACCAGUAUUCUCUAGUCUCUGGUAAACGUUUGAUGUACUGUAAUAUGAACAACUUUUAUGUGAAUGGUUGAUUUAUUCACUAUAUAUUCUGAAAUAGAUUUGAUUAGGCCUGUAGGCAAACCAAGUCAAAUGAUUCCAUUCUUGUUGAAAUGGUCUAUGACUUUAAAUUGAUAUGAAUUUUCUGUCUUUCCCUGUAAAUAUUUCCUUAGUUUACUCCAUGUAAAUUUGAUAUUGUAAUGUACAUGUACAGUGUACUAUUAUGAAUAGAAAUUCAUGGAAUGGUAGUGAAGAUGUCUUGCCAUGUGCAUUGUGUAACUGUUCAUGCGUAAAGUGAUUGGUAAUGCUCAUGGUAUUCUUGUCCUAGGGUUGAAGAUUUAUACACACAUAUCAUUUUAAAAGGCAAGUGCAACACAUAUUUUAAUUGCAAUAUGGAUGAAAAUGUUAGUGUUUCGUAAACCAGUGUGAUGGCUCAGUUGGUAGAGCAUCCACCUCACAACAGGGAGGUCGGGGUUCAAACCCCGACCAUGUCAGACCAAAAGACGCUAAAAGUUGGGAGUUGCUGCUACCCUAUUUGGCGUUCAACGAUUCAAGGGGUAGAGCUACAUCUAUCUGGCGCUGCACAAUGGCUGCUGGGCCCAUGAACAAUUGGGCAAAAUACAUUUUCAGAGUAUUUCUGUUUCAGAUUUAUAUUUCGAACAAUAAAUUAUGGAUUUUCUUCUUCUUUUUUUUUAACUGACAAAAUAUAAUGAUCAGGGGCCUGUUUCAUAAAGGACUUGCAACUGUUGUAACUUUGCCAUUAUGGCAACUACCAUGGAAACCUUGAUUCUGAUUGGCCGCUAAGCCCUGUUACCAUGGCAGUUGCCACUAUGGCAAAGUUACAACAGUUGCAAGUCCUUUAUGAAACGAUCCCCUGGAGGUUGUUUCAUAGAGCUAUUUGUAUGUAUGCUACUCAUUACUUUACAUGUGACUGUUUACCUUUUCUUGUGUUAAAUGAUAGAUUCCUAUUAAGUAGAUUCAGCACUUGAAAAUAAGUUUCAGUCUUGCACAGUCAUGUGUAGCUUACAAACAGUUCUAUGUACCACCAGCGAUGUGAUAGGAAGGAUAGGAAUGUACCUGCUUAGUACCAGCCUGCUUUUAUAGCCCCAUGUGAAGAGCUGACAUCAAGAUAAUGGUUUUAUACUGAUGUUUCAGCAGUGCCUUUCAGGGGUUUUAACUAUACAGAUUUUCAUUUGGUGACAGUUUCUCGAAGCAACAGGACAAAGUCAGAUUCUAACUUGGCUUGUCCAGUUCGUAAUGAUUUAUUAGUACAUUUUUGAGGGCACAAUGUGUAUCAGCGAACAGAAAUAACCAUAAUUCAAGUAAUUUUUAAAGUUUAUUAUCUCAGAUUCAUAGAAUGCAAGAACAUACCGUACAUAAAUGAUUAAACAAAAUAUGUUCAUAAUUAUACAUCUUUCAUAAUGAGUAAACUCUAAAAUAGUGCAAAUAGUUGGAAAAUUCUGAAAUUCUUUUAUUUUGUAGGCAUUAAAUAUCACAAGGGCUUCCCUUUUGUUGUCCAUUUACUAAUUUAAAAUUUGCAAAGAAAGUGAUCCAAAACAUUGCUUUAAAUAUGGAGUAAAAAAUAAUAAAUACUGAUAUUUUGCUUCUGUAGAAGCCAGUUGCCUCUGGAGUGUUAACAUCGGCAUGUCACAUGGAAUAUCAAACCCCCGUGGAAUGCUUUGUCAAUGAUUGGGAUGCUUUACAUUUUUUAAUGUAUUGUGCAUGAGUUUCCUAUCCUUCUUAACACAUCCUUGUGUAACACCACCCUUGAAUCUGGGUGUUAAAAUUCAUGUUAUUGUGAAUCUUUGAUCUGUCUGUCUGCACACAUUCUGUUUUGUAAAUUGGUGAGCAGAUGUUCCUAUCCAAUUGUACUUUAUGAAUGGAGGCAAAUUUAGAUAUUUUUUUUCGUGUAUUUUAUUUUUUCAGCCAUGGUGAUUUUGUCUCGCCUGCAUGAAGAAGAAUGUGAAAAUCUGAAAUAUUGUGUACAAAACCAGUGGAAAAUGUCCACAAAAUUAGCCAUUUUGAAGCAUGUUUACCAAAAAAAGAACCCCAUUCCAUAACUCUCUUAAUUUAUGAUCAAUUUUAAUAAAACUAUUGUUUCCAUUUCUCAGGCUCUUUUUUAUCCCCCUCUUUCAUCUCAGAUUGAUUAUUUCCUUGAGUUUAUUUUCCUAUAAGGAUUUGGGAUGGACAUUCUCAAUAUGCUAAUUUGUGUAUCUAUAGACUUGACAUCAGACCAAAGAAGCUUUUCAACAUUCCAUAACUUUUUUUUUCACUUGUGAGUUUUUUCCAUUUUGCCCUGCCCUUUGAUAUUGAAGUAGUCACACAAUAGUUGGUUGAAUUUACGGUGUUAUUUUCCUGUAAUGAAAUUGAUAUUAUAAUGCUUGUGAUAUGUCAGGAUGGUUUAUAUUCAAUUGACAUACAAGCAGUUGCUAUAAUUCUCAAGCAGUCCAAACUUGGACGAAACCAUUUAGUCUACUAUCAAUUCAGUCCACACCACACCUUUUCUAUUACCCAUUUUAUAUUGUUCCCAAUAUAUUGCCCAGAUUGUCUUUAUUUCCGGUGACACAACAUUUGCCCCGGCGACAAUUGCAGACGGACCAGUAUCGCAUGCAACAAUAAGUUACAAUAGCCCCCUACCUCUUGUAAAUUUUCUUGUAUUUUGCAAGGAAUUUAACAGAACGCAAAGAUAAGAUAAUUUUCAGAAUACCUUUUAUCUUGAUAUGUUAUCUUGCGCAACUGAAAGGGAUAUUUAAGCGCCGUUUUUAACUUUACGCAUAAUUCUAGCUCUGACAUCAUACGCGCUCAGCGAAAGUUACAAGAAAAGAUACAAGAAUUUUCGGAAUACAGAUUUUAUUGUAACUCUAAAGAUACAAGAAUAUUUCUCUGAAGACAAUUUUCAGAAUAUGGCCCCUGGUCUUUAUUUUGUUAGGGUUAGGGUUGCUACAUGUACAUGUAUAGGGUUUUAUGUUAGGUUUAGGAUACAUGUAGGGUUUAUUGUUAAAUCCAGGGUAUAAGAUGGUCAUUCCAUUAAUGUAUAGAAUUUGCAGCGGAGCAAACGUCAUGGAACGUUCUUUCUACUUCAGCUUUCUAGUUACUUGGCACUUUGUCAAAUGAAAAUUUGAUUCAUGAACAGUUCAUAUAACCAUGUACAGUGUAGACUAAAGUGGAUAUUGUAUACCUAAGUAGAAAUGUGACAAAAUGAUGAAUGUGCUAAAUAUAGUCAAUCAGACCAAAUGGGAAACUGGCUGUAUGAAGUAUGAGUAGUCCAUUUUGGACGAGAUGAAACAGAAAGUAUGUGUAUACAUACAGCGGGUGUAGACCUAUCAGCGAAUUAUCCGUCAGGUAUACGUUUGCUACGUGUAAGUACUUUCCACUUGUAUGUAUGUGUAAUUUUUUUUAUUGUACUCCAUCCAUUUGUCAUUAUAGCAUAUUUGCCUCAGACUGAAAUAUUGUUUACCUAUUCUAUUUGCAAGCAUAAGCGUACUUCAAUUUCUCAAGGUCACAGAUAUUACCUAGAUAUUUGUGUGUUACUCAUGUUUUAGACCUUGCCAGGUUUAAGUGGACAUGAAGUAUUGCAAAAGAUUUAUAAGAACAUGACAAAUGCAACAUGCAAUUUAAAUUUAAAAUCAAAUCUAAAUGUUAAAGAGGGAGUAAAUAUCUACAUAAUACAGAGAAUAAAUUGACCUAUAAUUGUAUUUGUAUAGAGAAACUAAAAUGUUUUAGAGGAAAAGUAAAUUGUUUUGCUACUUGGUAUUAAACAUAAUUAUUGUGGUAUAAUGUAUUGGGUAGUUGAUAAGCAUGUUAUCAUUCAAAUGGGUCUAUAUUACUUGACUACACUAGCAUUAUGGGUCAGGAAACUGGCCAGGUAAGAGUUGUUGAGGACUCAAGGUGGCGCUAUUGGUUUGUAUCUGCUUUAAAGCAAACAAUUUUUUUGGGGGGGUGGCAUGUUAAUUUUUUUUUAUAAUAUAGGGUUACCAGGAUGAUUAACAUGUAAUUUUAGUUUUGAAUUAAGAGUAGGUUACAGUUUAUAUGAACUUGUUUUUUGUUAAAAAGUUUGUUUUCAAAAUAUUGACAUGGUUUUGAAUUUCACUUUUAAGUCAUGUCCAAGCAUUGUUUCUCUGCCCAUUGUUUGAUUUACAAAGAUCAAUGUAAAAAUGAACUUAUUUCCAAAUACCAAGGUCAAUAUGAUGAGCAUUGAAUAUUGUAUUUGAAAUUUCCUGAAAUUAUGGUCAACAUGUCGUAGAAAGUUUAACUUUAAACAGAUUCACCUUAUAUUUUGUUGUUCAGAAUCUUUAUAGAAAAAAAUAAAUAAUAUUUUCUUCGA